CUCGAAAUAGGCAGAGAGCUGCUUUUGACUCUCUCACUUGCUUUAUAGUUAAUAUAAAACCUAAUUUGCUAACUUUUUCCACCGUUCAGAAAGCACUGGAAAGUCUCACUCUCUUCUCGAUCUUCGUGGAAAAUGGAAACAGUGCCUUCCGUGACCAACACCACAUACGCUGAGGCUACUAAGACAGGAGUCUUCUGGGACGUGGAGGAGUGUCCGAUCCCGGAAGAUCUCGACCCUGAAUUGGUUUACCAGAACAUCAGAUCAGCACUAGCUAAUAAAGGUUACCAUGGCGAGGUGAAAAUCAUGGCGUUUGGUGACAGGAAUCAGAUCCCAGGUUACUACCAAAUCCGCAGGAAUCGAAAUCUAUCCCCUCGGAGAUAAGUAUUUGAGAAUUAGAGGGAUGCUGCCACAUUUUUUGGUGUGGGUAUUGGAGAAUAGUCAUGAAUCGUCCAACAUGAUGAUAAUCUCACGAAACGGUAUGGAGUUAGCUUCGGCAUUCGAGCUUUGCAAAAAGGAAGGUCACAACAUUUUCUUUGCCAAUCCUCUAAACGGUCCAAGAAUUUGCGAGUGCAAAUACGAAGAUCUUACCACCGAGAUGUGGGUUUGGGAGACCCUAGCUGCUGGAGGAGACCCUAUCGUCAAAACCAAAAGAGGCGCAGAGAUGAGUAACAAGGAGGAGGAGGAGGAGGUUGAUAAGGAUUCUCGUAUAUGUUCCAUAUGCCAGAAUCCAUUAAGAAUAUUUAGUAAACGUGUCAUCCUAUAAGGAGACUUAAUUAUGAGAUUUUAGUUCUUAACUUGAAUUUCUUGUAAUAGCUUUUAUAUUUUUUAUGUAGUAUGUUGGUAAUUUCACGAGA